AUGUUCAUUCGACCGAUUCGAUUUCUCGGUAUUGACUGGGAGCCACUGAUUGUUCCUUCAAAGAGCCGACUAGAAACUCUUGCCGUAGUCCAUUUCAUGUUCCUUUGGAUAAAUAUUACAAUUAUCUCCACAUGGGUAGAUAAAUUGAAGAUAAUAAUUAGUCACUUAUUCCCUCUAUCGAACCAGAAUAUCCCACUUCAGUUGCCGUUCUACAUUCUGUUUUUCACUCGGUUUUGGUGGGUAAUGGUACUGUACUUCUCGUGGACCUAUUACGAUUUCGAUAGACCACGGCGUGGGAUCGCGAUCUCCCAUCCGCAUGGUGUUCUGUCAAUCGGAGCAUUUACUGCCAUGGUUACCUCAGGAACGGGAUUUCCGGACAUGUUUCCAGGAUUGAAAUCCACAAUUCUCACACUGAAUGGGCAAUUCUGGUUUCCAUUUCCGAAGGGAUAUUUGGCAUUGGUCUUGGUGCGAGCUGAGGCCGUUCUGCGAAAGUCGCUCGAAUACUUGUACAAAUCCUUGGUAAAGGGUCGAGCAAUCGCCAUCGUCUUGGGAGGAGCGACAGAGGCACUGGACGCCCAUCCUGGAACACACGAUCUCAAUUUGUCUUCUCGUCGAGGAUUUUGUCGUUAUGCCCUUAAAUAUGGUGCAGAUCUUGUGCCGAUGUACCACUUCGGCGAGAACGACGUCUUUGACCGCUGGGAAGGAUAUACACGGGUAUCGCUGAGGCGAAAUUCAGGUAACUUUGUAACCUAUUCGGGGCCUGACAUUGAAACGUGGAUCAAGAACAAAUUCGGAUUUUGUCCACCAUUGGUAAAAGGUCGUGGCAUAUUCAAUUAUAGCUUGGGCAUGCUUCCACAUCGUAGACCCAUCACGACAGUCAUUGGAGCACCAAUCAAAGUUACACAAACGGAGAAUCCCACAGAACAAGAAAUAGACGUACUUCACGCCAAGUACUGCAGAGCCCUUGUUGAUCUGUUUGAGCAGCAUAAAAGCCUACAUGACAUUCCAAAGGAUGUUCAUCUGACUAUACAU